GCUCCUCCUCCCUGAAGCUACUUGCAGAUAUGAGAUAAGGUGGCUGUGCUCGUGCUCGAGCUCACCACCAAUCUCUCCUCGCCCACCUCUCCCAUCUCGGCCACCACCACCGAUCGCCCCUCGCGUGCAUGUCGCAGCCGGAGUAGCAUCGCAUGCGUGCAAUGCCGUCUCCUCCUCCUCAUGGCCCCAUGUCGCUGAUGGCCAGCCGGUGCUACUGCUGUUCGUCGCCGCCUUCGCCGUCGCCGAAGCAGCGGAGAGACGCCGAGAGCAAGCAGCAGCAGCAGCAGCACAUCCGCGGAGCGCGGCUGGCGGUGACGACGAGGAGGGCGCUGCUGGCCGCCGCCAUCGUCGUCGUGGGCUCCGGCACGGCGGGGCGCGCCAGGGCGACGGAGGAAGGCGGCGGCGGCGAGGGGGAGGGGGUGGUCGGGGCGAUCAAAUCGAUAUUUGACCCGAACGAGAGGACCAAGUCGGGGAAGGUGUUGCCCAAGGCGUACCUGAAGGCGGCGAGGGAGGUGGUGCGGACGCUCCGGGAGUCGCUGGGGGAGGACGACGGCGGCGACGUGGCCAAGUUCCGGCGAGGCGCCGACGCCGCCAAGGAGUCCAUCCGGGAGUUCCUCGGCGGCUGGCGAGGCCAGCAAGCCGUCGCUGCUGAGGAGUCAUACGUUGCGCUGGAGAAGGCCAUCAGAUCACUGGCGGAGUUCUACUCCAAGGCAGGGCCAUUCGCCUCGCUGCCCAAAGAUGUCAAGGACAAGAUCCUCGCCAACCUCAACACUGCAGACGCCUUUCUGUAGAGAUUUAUUUUCUUCUGUCAGAAAAAAAAAGUACUAUCUGCCAACAAUCAACGAGUGAUAAUUGCAUUGUAGCCAGCCUUCACUUUGCCUGCGAAAAGAUCAUUGGCAAAGACAGAAAAGAGCAGAUAGAACAUAUGAUUACAAGUAAAUGCUUUCCAGAGUGAUUAUAACCUUGC